UUCUGCUGUUUAAACACUGCUGAGGUUUGGAGCUGUGAACAGGCUGCUUCAGUCAGACAGAGGAACAGGAAGACGCUGUCAUGUAGGAGGAAAUGUGGAUUAAAUUCUGCUUUGACAGAAGCAUCAGUGGGCUGCCUGGAAGCAAAAAGGCUGGAGCAGCUCCCUGCGGCCGAUGGACAGACACGGGAACAUAAAGGUCAGAGGACGGAGACCCUCUCAGCUCCCACUAGACAGACCACAAAACUCCCAGGAGCCUUUGCACCAACCCGGCUCGGCCCGCAAGAGUCACAGGAGGAAAGGUACAUUCGUGUGCAGCGGUAACGGGACGGGCAGCAGCUCCAUCUCCUCCGUUGCCAUGGUGGCCAUCCCCGGCUGCGUCGACAACGCCACGCAGACGGACAUCAGCUUCCAGAACAUGAUGACGCUGGGGAGGAGCAGAGGCCAUCACCACCACCACCACGGCCGAGGAGGCGCCUCCUCCCCUCCACCACCUCCCCCUUCUCCUCCCCUCCCUCACCUCGUGGGACCAUACGGGAUCAACGAGUUCUGUGUGUUUGAGUACAAUGACCCCACUGACUACUUUGACGUCUCUCAUCAUGAGGUGGACCGACAGGAUGACCUGGAGUACGAGGAGGUGGAGCUGUACAAGUCCAGUCAGCAGGAGAAGCUGGGUCUGACAGUCUGCUACAGGACGGACGAUGAGGAGGAUCUGGGGAUCUAUGUCGGAGAGGUGAAUCCAAACAGCAUUGCAGCAAAGAAUGGACGCAUCAGAGAAGGAGACCGGAUAUUACAGAUUAAUGGAGUGGAUAUUCAGAACAGAGAGGAAGCAGUGGCCAUUUUGACCAGAGAGGACAGCAUCAACUUCUCCCUGCUGCUGGCCAGGCCUGACAUAGAGAAUGACAACCCCGUUGAUCCAGAGGAGGACAUGGAGCUGACUCUGGAAGGAGGAGGUUUCCAUCCAAACCCCCGAGCCUCCUCCUGUUCUCUCAACUCAUCUCACCUCUCUGGUUACUAUCGCCUCCGCCGGGGAGGAGGAGGAGGCCUGGCCUGCACUGGAGGAGGAGGAGGAGGUAGAGAAGAUGCAGGGGGUGAUGUGGAAGUGGAGGAGGAAGAGGAUGAUGAGGGAGAGGAUGGAGAGAGAGGAGAGAAGGAGGACAGAGACCCACCUGUCCCCCUCCCUCCUUUGCUCAGCCUGGCUCCGCUGCUGUCCAACAGCCAGGAGCUGGACAGCGGAGUGGGCCGGACCGACGACAGCACCCGCUACGAGGAGCUGUCAGAACAAGACCUGCUGGGCGACCAGACCAGUGCCUGUAACACCAACACCACCAACACGCCGGGCAGCACCAGGAAGUUCAGGCCGGGACCCAGCCCCAGGCCCAGUCCCAGACCCAGUCCAGGCCUCGGCCCAAGCCCCAGGCCAAUCCCCAGCCCUGGGAACAGUCGAGGGGACACAACUCCUCCUUCCCUCCACCUGCGAGACCUCCAGCUCAGCUCAGACUCUCUCCCCGGCCUGGACUGGACAGCUGGAGGAGGAACAGGAGGAGCAGCGUACAGCCCCCACCACCAUCACCACCACAAGCACUACCACCACCAUCACCACCAGCCGCCUCUGACGAUGAUGAUGAUGAUGCCGGGCCUGACAGAGGAGGAGUGCCAGCGAUACCAGGAGCUACUGGAGAUAAAAUGCCAGUACGAGAGACGUAAUGAAAAGCAGCAAAGAGAGGCAGUGAAAAACGAUCGUGAAGGCAUCGAAGCCGAAGCAAAAGACCAAGACCAAGACCAAGACAAAGAGGCGGAUAAGGAGGGUGAAGAGGAGGCUUCUUCUUCCUCAGUGGUGGACGUGAACUGCAAUGAGACUUUCAGUGAGCACGAGAUGGCGCUCAUUGACGAGGAGUUACGCCACCUGGAGUUUAAGUGCCGCAAUAUUCUCCGUGCCCAGAAGAUGCAGCAGCUCAGAGAGAGAUGCCUGAAAGCCUGGAUGAUGGAGGAGGAGACAGUGGCAGCAGGUGUGGAUGAUGACAAUGAUGAAAAUGACGACCCCCACCAUCACGAGUUGUCGGCCAUCAACGAGCUCCCAGAGCGAGAGCGAUCGGACGACAAAGACAGCACCAGCGCCUACAACACUGGAGGGGAGAGCUGUCGGAGCACGCCGCUGGUCAGCACUGAGCAGAUCCCGCCUCUCCAUGAAGAGGAGGACGAAGGAGGCCGACGACUGAUGUCUCCGCCUCCUCUCCUCCCCCUUGGCCACCUCCCCCCUCUGAACUCCCCUCUUACCCCCCGUCGUCACAGACGCGACAGAGAGAGACGCCACUCGAACCUCAGCUGCUCUUUCUCCCCGAGCACUUACAGGAAGUAUGAAACAGCCAAUGGCAUCAUGGCAAACGGCUCAAGCUCCACCCCCUCGACACCCUCCAAGUUCAGGUCUCUGAGCAGAGAGGCGGGGUCGUCUUCAAGACGUGGUGUGGCUGAUGGAGGCCGGGGCUCCAGAGCAGGUGGAGCCACCAACAGGCCCACAGGUGGAAGUGCAGAGUCCAGUCCCUAUUUCACCAGGCGACACCACAGCCACAACAAACCGUUAGAGCGAUACCAGAGCUGUAUGACCCUGCCCUCUGAGGGCCUGGUGGACCCUCUGGACCGAGUGAGAGACAGAGCGAGGGCCGAGGGCGAGGAGAGGGGGAUGGGCACGGGCAGCAGCGGCCCGGCCAGCCCCAGGAGUGUGAACAGCGCCCCCUGCGGUCUGGAGGACCAUCACACAAGAGCCUCGCGGUUAGGACUGGCCUUACCACUUGGGUUGACACAGUCAUCACCAACCGCCUCACCACAACGCAUGGAGUGGAAGGUGAAGAUCCGCAGUGAUGGGACUCGCUACGUGGCCAAACGUCCGGUCAGGGACCGUCUGCUGAAGGCCAGAGCCAUGAAGAUCAGGGAGGAACGCAGCGGCAUGACGACUGACGACGAUGCUGCCAGCGAGAUGAAACAGGGCCGAUACUGGAGCAAAGAGGAGAGGAAGCAGCAGCUGCUGAGAGCCAGAGAGUACAGACGAAGAAGAGAGUUUAUGAUGCAGAGCCGCCUGGACUACCUCAGAGGAGACAGGGACCCGUCAUCAUCAACAGGGAGCGCUGAGGACCAUCAGCUGCACCCCCAGCAGGACUCCCCCAGCAACAACAUCCUGUUACUGAGCCAGAAGAAGAUCAUGAAGAGGAGGAACCGGCGCAUCCUCGACAACUGGAUCACCAUCCAGGAGCUGCUGGCACACGGCUCGAGGUCACCAGACGGAAAGAAAAUAUACAACCCUUUGCUUUCUGUGACCACGGUGUGAUCUGAGGACAGAGAGGAGGGUGAAGAGGGGAAAAGAGGGAUGAAGCUGAUGAAACAAAUUUGAAACUAAAAGAUCAGAGCUUCAGAUUUCUGGAAAGCUGGAAAGAAACUCACUGAAAAAGGAGAAGACUUAAGACUCAGGAGAAUUAGGAGAAAUGGUGGAGGAAAAGAGGAAAUGUCCCCUGAACUGUCUUUGAUAGUGAAUGCAGGUGGAGUGACGAACGAGUGAAGGAAAUGAGAGGAUGGAUUAUACAGAUGAAGAGCAGAAGAAAAUAGUUGUGAAAUAGUAGCGAUGGAGUUAGCACUGAACAACAGGCAACAGCAUUUGUUCCAGGUUGUUUUGAUCACAGAAAAAAGUGUGAAUAAACUUGAAUGAGUGGAUUAACUUUACAGGUUAGAAAGUAAGAAUUCACACAAUAAGUGUUGAUGCCGGACUCUACAGCAGGAACUGGACUGGAUCCUGAUCAGGACAGAGGUCUCAGAGCCAAACAUCACUGAUAUGAGGACAACACUUGAUAGGAACCAGGUUUAUCAACCUCUCUCUUUCAUGACGUCCCUUCAAACUUAGUAAAGAUGAAUUUAAGGAGGGAACAGCUUUGAGAGACAGAGGAACCGGUUUGUUGUGGGUCACAGAAUUCACCUGAGGUGGCACAAACUGAGGCGAAGAUGCAUCUGUGUGAGUUAAAUAUUUCAGCUUGAGUGAAACAUUUUGCAAAUGCCAGGGGUGGCAUGAAUGUACGAGAGGAAAAAGGAGACUGGAGGGGAGAUCAGUCACACAGGUAAACACUGACCACACACACAGCUGAUUGCUGGCUGACAACCAGCUAACAUACAGCUGGAAUAUUGGCUGUUUGGGCAAAUAAACACAAAGUGUUGCUGAUGGUCCCACAAUCAAAUUAGGCAAAAAUAUUGUGUGGCAAAAACUGCCCUCAUUUAACAUCUGAACACGUUCCCCACAGUGUCCUCGCAGUGCUAAAGAAACAAAGCAGUGAAAUACCAUCCUGCUCAUGGCUGCCUCCUGUGGGUAAAAUCGCAGCGUGGUGUGAUGAUACACUUUCACUGCAUCGAGUUCGGACAGUGAAAUGCUCAAAACAUAUAGAUAGGAUGACAACCUUUGAGAGAAGAACUUCUGAAUGUUACAUUCUCUGUUUUCAUAGAAAGAGAAAAGGAGAUUCAGAGAAAGAGUGAAGUGAGACUUUUGCGACUUUAUUCUCCAAGGACAAUAAAUGUAAAGAAAUGUGUGGCGGUGACACUGGUGCAGAAACUUACUGAUAAAAUAAUCAUAAAGUAUUAUUGACACACGCAGCUGAAGACUGAAAACAUUCAAGCAACGUGUACAUUAAAGGAAAAAUCCCCCUUUUAUAAGUGACUGUCAGAGCUCAUUGAUCUGGAUCAUUUGUAAAUCACUUCUCCAGAUUUCUGAGACUCCUGGGAGGAAUGGGAACCAGUAUGAUUGUUUUUUGUUCUUUUUUAACCUUAUUAUUAUAUGUCACAUUGCUAAUAUUAUAUCCAUGAAACUGUAUUGCAUAUGGGUUUUUUUUCUGUGGCAGCAGGAUGGUUCACAGUUUGGUCGGGGCUUCAGAGAACGUAGACUGUGUCUACGACUGUGUUGGGCCUUUAUAAAACGAGAUAUUAAUACUGAGUAAUGAAAUGCAUGAAUUAAGUAUUGAACGUUGUGGAUUAUUGGACAUAAUUCUUGAAUCUAAAGUGAUGUAGUGUACAAAGCCAUGUGCAGACAUUUUUAGUAGUGAAAGAUGUGAAAGUGCAAAAAAAAAUUCAGUCAAUUAAAUUAAAUGAAGUGAGAAAUAUAUAGUGGCACCUGCUCUUUCUGUGAGUCACAUGAUAACUGUCUCAGUGGGAAGAAGUUAAAAAUAUUAAACUGUACCAAUAUUA